AUGGUAUCGCUUGAUAGAAAAAGAGUUACAUUAGGUGGAGUUGAUACAAAAAAUUUUAGUUUACGUAAUAUUUUUAAUAUUGGUGCAAGUUAUCUGAAUUUUGGACAACAAUGGAUCACCGAUCAAUUGAAGAAUUUAGAGGCGCUUCAACUAGGGCGUUGGCAAGAUUCGCCUUUGCACCACAUUGAAGUUGGGAGUGAAGAAUUCUUGAGAGAGUUGAGAACUCUGAAGCAGUUGAAAUAUCUGAGUCUGUGUGGGAUAUCAAGAAUAUUCGAGCUUCCAUCCUCCAUUGUGGAACUUAAGAGUCUAGUAAUUCUUGAUCUGAAAGCAUGUCAUAAUUUGGAAAGGCUACCUGAUGAUAUUUCAUCAAUGAAAAGUCUGACACAUCUGAUUAUGUCUGAUUGUUGCUUACUGGAGGGCAUGCCAAAGGGGAUUGAGAAGCUCAGUAAUCUUCAAGUACUGAAGGGAUUUUUAAUAACCACUUCUAAAAAGACUCCUUGUAGAAUAUCAGAUCUUGUUAAUAAUUUGAGAAAACUAAGGCGACUCAGUAUACGUAUAGGAUAUGAGGCCGUGAUCAAUGACGGAGAGUUUGAAAGUUUGGCAUCUUUUUCAACGCUUGAACAUCUCAAAAUAUCUUGGAGUGUGUCUGACCCAGGGUAUGUCAAAAUUCCUAUCCUUUUGCCAUCAGGUUUGAAAAAGUUGCAUCUUGAAUGUUUUCCUGGAAAGAGUCUUCUAAGAUGUUUUACACGUACCGUUUUGAUACCACGUGAGCUAAAUAUAACUUGA